GAAUCGAUAAUGUCUAGAGAAGACUCAUUUGUCUUCAGAUAUUCCUGUCAAGCCAGAAGUUCUUCAUUCUUAUAUUGUCUGUGACGAUCGACAUCAUUGAAGACAUAUCAUAUUCGAAGCCAUGGGGAGCAUCAAACAUAGCUCCCGCGAUGCCGCCUUGCUGGUGUUUGGGUCGCAGCUUGAGUCUCUGAGCACCGAGUCCUUGGACGGAAUUCGGAACACAUUAUUAGACAAGCCAUCGAGGCAAUGGGUUUUCGACACGGUUUCCGGGCUGACGGACGUCUGGAAAGCUCUGGCCAAUGCACAGCCCGAGAUAACUGCUGCGAUUGGCGAACUUCGGGGACAGCAACUCCUGGAAGACCUCGGCUCUUGGCUGAGGCUGGGGUCGCUCCAUGACGGGGAGAGCGCUUUGUUGCGAGACCUGGGCGCCCUACCAAGCAUGAUACUCUCGCCACUGGUCAUUCUCACGCAUGGGGCGCAGUACCGGCGAUACCUAUCCGAAUUGGCCAAGCAAGUGGGCAAGGACGAAUCAAGCGCGGACAUACAUGCGGAACUGGUCAACAAUCAGGAGACAGCGACACUUGGGUUCUGCAUGGGCAGCGUGAGCGCCUUUGCCGUGGCGACUGCUGCCAACCAAGAGGACCUCGACAAAUAUGGGUCUGUAGCGGUGCGAUUGGCCGUGGUAGGCGGCGCGCUCAUCGACGCGCAGGAUGCGUGGAACACGGACAAGGGAUUAGGCCCGUCGAAGUCGUACGCAACCGCCUGGCGUAAUGAGUCGCAGCGAGAUGAUUUGCAUCGUAUCGUCGAUAGCUUGUCCCCAGAGGCGUACAUCUCGGUGCUUUAUGAUGAGGCACGGGCGACGGUCACCACAUCGCAACGUGCAGCCUCACGACUCUUGAGAAACCUACGCAAGGCUGGCAUCACCACGGCCGAAGUCGGGUUUCACGGCGAUAUUCACAGCCCAAAACCACAAACCAGGUCGCAGGUAGAGCAGAUAGUUGCAUUCUGCAACAAUACCCCUGGCCUGCAGUUGCCCGACUCUGCCGACCUAGCGAUACCAAGCUUUACCAACGCUGGUGACGGGAAGCGCAUCGGCUUGAAAGACGGGCCAAUGCACGAGAUAGUCAUGCGAACUGUCUUUUUGCAGCAAUGUGACUGGUAUGGCACCUUUCUGGCAGUGAAGACUGCUCUCCUGGAUGGUGAGCAAGGCAAUAAGGUCGCGGUGGCGUUCGGACCUGAUAAGUGUUCUCCUCCGACAUUGAUGCACCAACUUGGACCAAGGUUGGUGCACUUCGCGGAUCUAAGCCUCGAAAAGGAGCUCCCAACUACACAACCCUACACGAAAUGGGAGACCUCGGAACCUGUGCCAGAGCCGCACCCGGAGGCCGAGCACUCAUGGCAGGAAGAGCAACCGCCUCAGCAUACCAUCUCCCAUGGCGAAGCCGAAAAGAACGCCAUCGCCGUGGUAGGGAUGUCCAUCAAAGUCGCUGGGGCUGACGACUUGGAUGAGUUCUCGCAAAUGCUGCGGACGGGCAAGUCGCAACAUGAGCUCAUAACGGCAGAAAAGAUGGCGUUCAACGACUCCCUGUUCCGAGACAGGGACGAGCGCCAAUGGUACGCCAAUUUCAUGCGCGACCGCGACGCCUUCGAUCACAAGUUUUUCAAGCGGAGCCCGCGUGAGUCUGCGUCCAUGGACCCACAACAGCGACUCUUGCUGCAGUCCGCAUAUCAGGCUGUGGAACAGGCUGGCUACUUCACCGAGACGACGCGAAGCAGCCGAAGCAAAGACGGCAAUUGGAGAAAUCACGAGCAAAAGCAUGUCGGUGUUUACAUCGGCACCCCCGCCGUCGAUUACGAGCACAAUGUCGCGGGCCACGCACCCAACGCAUUCACGGCAACAGGUAAUCUCCAGAGCUUCCUCGCGGGCCGGGUAGCGCACUGGUUUGGUUGGACAGGGCCGGCUUUGACCUUGGAUACGGCCUGUUCGUCGUCGGCCGUAGCCAUCCAUACGGCCUGUCGAGACCUCCUCUCCGGCGAAUGCAACGCCGCGUUGGCAGGCGGCGUGGCCCUGUGUACGAAUCCAACCUGGUUUCAGAACCUGGCCGCUGCCAGUUUCCUCAGCCCUACUGGUCAGUGUAAGCCGUUUGACCACAGGGCUGACGGCUUCUGUCGUGCUGAGGGGAGCGUUGUUGUCUUCCUCAAGAGGAUGGCGGAUGCCGUGGCUGAUGGCAACCCCAUCCUGGGCUCUAUUGCCAGUUCAGCCGUAUACCAGAAUCAGAACAGUACGCCCAUGUUUGUUCCCAAUUCGCCAUCACUCUCCCAGCUCUUCAGAGAUGUUCUCAAACGUGCGGAGGUGCCUGCCGGUGAUAUUUCGCUGGUAGAGGCUCACGGGACAGGUACACCUGUUGGCGACCCUGCAGAGUAUGCGAGUAUUAGGGACGUGAUGGGCGGCCGUGAACUUCGGUCGAAGCCUCUGCCCAUCGGUUCAGUGAAAGGUCAUGUUGGGCAUGCCGAGGGUGCUUCAGGGGUCGUAUCACUGAUCAAGGUCUUGACGAUGAUGCGUGAGAAUUUCAUCCCCCCACAGGCCAGCUUCUCGAAGAUGAAUCCAGCUAUCAAGGCUUCGCCGUCUGACAUGAUCGAGGUUGUCACUUCCCUCCGACCCUGGACCGAAAAUAAAGAUGACGACAAAAAGGCCCUGAUAAACAACUAUGGCGCUUGUGGGUCAAACGCGGCCAUGGUUGUAACCCACAGAGGACAUCACAGCUCCAGGAGAUCUCCAGAAGGGCAACAGCAUCAACGUCUUCCAUUCCGCAUCACUGGUCUCGACGCACGCAGCAUCAAAGCGUAUGCUGUAAAGUUAGCCUCUUUCAUCAAAUCUCAGGUCCUAUCCAAGCAGAGGAUGACGAUGGCAGACCUGUCGUUCAACAUCGACCGAUACUGUAACCCUGCACUUAGUCAAGGCGUCGUUUUCAGUUCCAGUAGCCUGGCCGAGCUGCAGGACAUGAUCUCCCAUGUCGUCGCUGCUGACGCCACAGCGCCAGCUAUCGAGCCCAUCAAGCCUGAACGGCCCAUAAUUCUCUGCUUUGGCGGCCAGGUGUCGACUUUUGUUGGUCUGGACCGCAACCUCUACGAAAGCGUGGCACUGCUGAGAAAACACCUUGAUAAUGUCGAUGCCACUCUGCAGGGAUUGCCCUUUGGGCUGGGAAGCAUCUACCCGGAUAUAUUCUCUCGCUCGCCGUGUGAGGAUCCUGUUCGGUUGCAAACAAUGCUGUUUGCCAUGCAGUACGCAUGUGCCAUGACAUGGUUGGACAGCGGGCUCUCCGGCAAGGUCGCUUCUGUUGUGGGCCACAGCUUCGGCGAACUUACUGCACUAUGUGUCUCAGGCGCUCUGAGCCUCCAAGACGCUUCUCAAAUGAUAGCCCAGCGCGCACAGCUGAUACGCAGCCGGUGGGGCCCGGACCCAGGGGCCAUGAUGGCCGUCGAGGCCGAUGAGUCGGUAGUGAGAGAUCUUGUGACCGAGGCUGGUCACAGUGGCGCUCCCGUUGAAAUUGCUUGCUACAACGGCCCAAGAAGCUUUACCCUGUCCGGUCCGACGCAAGCAAUCGACGUAGUCGGAGACAUUAUAGGCCGCGGCGGCAAAUUCUCAGGCAUCAAGAGCAAAAGGCUCAAUGUCACCAAUGCCUCUCAUUCUUCGUUGGUCGACCCGCUGAUGGAUGGCCUGGCGGAAAUUGGAAAGCAAAUGAAUUUCCGGACGCCCUCGAUUCCCCUGGAAAGAGCCACCGAGACUGGUUUGGCUGACGGCGGCCUGACACCCAGCUUCCUAUCUGACCACAUGAGGAACACCGUGUUCUUCAGCCAGGCGAUCCACCGCUUGGCUGAGAAGUACCCGUCGGCGGUCUUCUUAGAAGCAGGAUCAAGCUCGACUAUCACUAUCAUGGCAAGCCGUGCGCUGUCAGCCAAUAUUGGUAGCGGAAGCUCAGGCUAUUUCCAGGCCAUCAAUAUUACUAACGACAAGGCGCUGGACAAUUUGACAGACGCAACUACUUCGCUGUGGAAGCAAGGAGUGCGAGUAUCCUUUUGGGCACACAACGCCUGUCAGACUAACGAGUAUGAAACUCUCCUGCUGCCGCCAUAUCAAUUCGAGAAGUCACGCCACUGGAUGGACAUGAAAUCGCCUUCAGAGGCCCUCAACAAGGCUCUUGAGAGCCUGAAGCAGAGCAGCACGCAGCGGAUAGACGAGGAAAGCCAUGCAGUGAGCGUUAGGGAGUUGGGGUUGUGGUCGUUCAUCGGCUACCAAGACGAGGACACAAAAGACCGCAACAGGGGUAAGAAGGACAGCAGCAAGGACAACCCCCGCCGCCCCCGAUUCCGCAUCAACACAGGCUCAGACAAGUACGACAAAUUCUUCUCUGGCCAUGUCAUCGCCCAGACUGCACCCAUCUGUCCCGGGACGCUCCAGGUAGACAUGGCCAUCGAAGCCCUCUUCAGCAUAAACCCGGAGUGGAAAAAGGACGGCCUGCAGCCCAUAGUGCAGGAUAUGGUGAACCACAAUCCUUUGUGUGCGGAUCCCUCGCGCGUCGUCUGGCUGGACUACAAAUCCCUCAAUGCUGAACGGACGAAGUGGGAAUGGAGCAUCUCCAGCACAAGUCGGGAUUCCGACAACCGCGGCAAUGACCAACAGAUGUACGUUGCCGGGCGUCUGCACUUGCGAUCUCCCACGGACCCGGCAUACGUGGCCGAGUUCUCGCGCUUCGAGCGACUCGUCAGCCAUUCCAUGUGCACUGCACUCCUUUCAGCACCAGGGCGGCACGGCGUCGGCGAGGACGACCUGGAGAUCCAGCAGGGUCGGAAUGUCUACCGAACGUUCGGGGAGGUCGUCGAGUACGCCAACAUGUACCGAGGCGUGCAGACGGUUGUCGGUCGCAACUCGACCAACGAGUGCGCUGGCCGUGUCACAGGCCGUCACUCUGGCGAGACGUGGGUCGAUGUGUUGCUCGAUGACAGCUUCAGUCAAGUUGGGGGCUUCUACAUCAACUGCAUGACCGACAAUGACCCAGAGGACAUGUUCAUCGCCAACGGCAUUGAGCUGUGCAUGCGGUCCCCGCGCGGUAUCAUAAACGACCCCCAUAAUGCGCAGAAUACAUGGCACGUCUAUGGUAGAAAUACGCCUCAGUCCACGACCGGCUAUCUAAGUGACAUUUUUGUCUUCGACGCUGCGACUGGGGCUUUAGCUGAGGUAUUCUUGGGGAUCCAAUACUCGCGGAUGCCCAAGAAGGUGAUGGGCCGCAUGCUGAAUAUGCUCACCAAGGACAAGUCGGCAUUGAAGAGCGGUGCAACUCUUCAAGCCGCUGAUCCUGUCCAGAAGACCCCGGUAGGCUCUGGCCCGGCGCCAAUUCAAGUCUCUUCCCGAAAUGCGGAUGUGAGCGAGCAGGGACAGAAAUCAGUAAAGAGGAAACCCAAGCAGAACCCUCAGAAGAAACCUUCCGCUUCUCCACGGCAAGCAGACCUUACAGCCGAGGUCAUGAAGUUGGUAGCUCUCGUCGCUGGCAUGGAAGCCAGCGAGCUCACAGUAGAUACCGAGGUGGCAGAUGUUGGUAUCGAUUCCCUCAUGGGGAUGGAGCUUGCUCGCGAGGUUGAGAGCGAGUUCAAGUGCAGCGUCGACCAGGCGACGUUGUUAGAAGCCACCAACGUGCGGCAGCUCGUUGCCUACAUCGAAACCAUCCUGCCUGGGGCCGACCAUGGUGAUGCUUCUGCCACUAGCAGCGCAAGUGACGAGUCCUCUGUCCAGGACGAUGACACUUCUGACGAUGAGGACACCCCUGACCUCCAGCCGGACUCCGGCAUCGCCACCCCGGAUUCGACGGAGGAAUUCGCAGGCUCGUACCAAGACCUGAAACUUGCCAGCACCGACAUCCUAGAUGCCUUUGGAGAGGUCAAGCUGAGUUCGGAUCAGCGUCUCCACGAUGCCAAGACUGACAAUUUCGACCGCGUUGUCUUUCCCGCGACAAGCCGGCUAUGCGUGACUCUGAUCGUCGAGGCUUUCGAGAAGCUCGGCUGCAGCCUUGGAUCCGCCUCUGAGGGUGAAGUCCUUGCUCGUGUGCCUCACCUGCCCGAGUAUGAGCGGCUGGUGAACUGGCUGUAUCGAUUCUUGGAGCAAGACGCACGGCUGAUCGAGGUGGAUCCCACCAGUGGGCAGAUUAAAAGAACAGCAGUUGCAGUCCCACAUAAGUCGAGUGAGACUUGUCUGAGAGAGUUUUGCGAGGCACACCCCGAUUGGGCUGUGACUGCCAGGCUUAUCCAGCAUGCAGGCAAGCCUCUGGCAAGCAUUCUGUCUGGCGAAACAGACGGCAUCCGUAUCCUAUUCGGCUCGCCCGAGGGCCGCAAGCUGAUGGCAGCUCAUUAUCGUGAGAACCCACACGCCGCAAUGCUGGGGGAACAGAUGCGCGACACGCUUGGCCUACUCGCGAAAAAGAUACAAAGGACAGAAGGUGGAACGCUCAAGAUUUUAGAGAUGGGCGCGGGCACAGGAGGGACGACGCACAUCCUAGUGCCGUAUCUCGCCUCGCUCGGUGUCACGGUCGAGUACACCUUCACAGACCUAUCGUCCUCCAUGGUAGCCCAGGCGCGCCGUACACUAGGCAAAGAGUAUCCGUUUAUGCGAUUUGCCGUGCACGACAUAGAGGCAGAAGUGGCGGAGGAAUUGCGCGGGCAACACAUCAUCAUCGCCAGCAACGCCAUCCACGCUACACACAAUCUAUUGGCAUCUGUCAGUAACGUGCGCCAGGCGUUGCGUCCCGAUGGUUUCCUCAUGAUGCUGGAACAGACCGAAGACAUCCCGCUCAGUAAUCUGAUUUUUGGUUUGUUCGAGGGCUGGUGGAUGUUUGACGAUGGCCGUACUCAUGCUGUUGUCCAGGUACCGGACUGGGAGCGUACACUGCACCAAGCCGGCUACGGCCACGUCGACUGGACAGACGGCCACUUGCCCGAGAACAGCCUCCAGAGAGUCAUAGUCGCCCUGGCCAGCGGUCCGCCGCGCGAACGACUGCCCAUUCCGGAAUCGAAGCCGGAAGGCCAUCAGCAGUUGACUCGCAAUCUCGCGACACGGGAGGCCGAGGCCGAGAGAUACAUAAGCAGAUAUACAGCAGACUGGGCCGUGCCGUUCGUGGCUGACGCUGAAGCCGAAGGGAAACCUGAGGCAGAUAGGCACGACUGUGUUGUGCUUGUGACAGGUGCCACAGGAAGCCUUGGGUCGCAUCUGGCAGCCGCUCUAGCAGAACACCCGCACGUCGCAACCGUAGUCUGUGCCAACCGCCGCAGCAGCGCAGCAUCUGUCGAGGCCCGGCAAGACGACGCCUUCCUCAAGCGCGGCAUCCAUCUCACGCGCGACGCCCGCAGCAAGCUCCGCGUCCUUGAGACCGACACUUCCCGGCCCCAGCUCGGCCUGCCCAAGUCCGCGUACGACUGGCUAGUGCAGCAUGGCACCCAUAUCAUACACAAUGCAUGGCCCAUGAGUGGGACACGUGCAUUGGCCGGCUUCGAGCCACAAUUCCAGGCAAUGCGCAACCUCCUGGACCUCGCGCGUGACAUGGCCCUGGCAGGCCGGGAUGGAGGACGGCGCGUUGGCUUCCAGCUAGUGACGUCCAUCGGCGUGGUCGGACACGCAGGGCAGGGACACAUAAGAGAACAAAGGGUCCCGAUAUCCGCUGUCUUGCCAACGGGUUACUGCGAGGGGAAGUGGAUCUGCGAGCGUAUGCUUGACGAAACGUUGCACAAGCAUUCGGGCCUGUUCCGCCCGAUGGUCGUCCGCCCGGGUCAGAUCGCUGGCUCAACGACAAGUGGGUUCUGGAAUCCAGUCGAGCAUUUUGCCUUCCUGGUCAAGUCCGCUCAGUCGGUAGGGGCGUUCCCCGCCCUCGCCGGGACGCAGCAGUGGGUGCCCGUCGACAAGGCUGCCGCUGCCAUGGUGGAGCUGCUGCACCUCGGUAACGAGGCAAAUGCACCCUCGCCAUCUCCCGUCUACCAUAUUGAUAACCCUGUGGGUCAGACAUGGAAUGACACGGUCACUGUCCUGGCGAGGGCGCUUGGUAUCACUACUCAAGGUGUGGUGCCGUUCCGUACCUGGCUCCGACGAGUCUCUCACUCGCCACUUAGCGAGGCCGAUAACCCAGUGGGAUCCCAACCGAUGCUCUUCGACUUUCUCGAUCGCAACUUUGAGAGGAUGUCUUGCGGUGGGCUCAUCCUGGACACCACCCAGGCCCAGCAGCACUCCAAGACUAUGGCAGCACUUGAGCCGGUGAGCGCCGAGGUUGUGGAGAGGUACGUGGAGAGUUGGAAAAAGUCUGGAUUUCUUGUCUAAUAAGUUUGUGUUUGGCUUUGUUGCGGACUGGUUGGUUUCUUUUCCCAUUUUCAUCGGAUAAAAUGUGAGCACCUGUAGACACACAAGAUUGUAUCGGGACAGCAGUUGUUUGAAUGGGCAACCGCCUGUUAACCCAGCCUACCAUGAACAAGGGUAAUAGACAAAACGGGAGUGUAUCGAAUAAUUUGAUUGAG